CACCACAUCCCUCUUAUUACAUUAUAAUGCAAUAACUUUCCUUUAAGGUGUUGUCUUCCUCUGGUGCCCUUCCAGGUAUUAUGACGCUGUAGAUGCCAAAAAGGACCGAACUAGCAAACACUCCCAGACCUUUGGGGCCAAACAGCCAAUGCACGCCGGAGCCGGGCCGGGCCAGGACAAGAACAUCUGGCUCUCCCUCAUUGACAUGCUCCGCAAGAAGGACCAUCUGCCGGUGGUGGCCUUCACGUUCUCUCGCAAUCGCUGUGACGAAAACGCCUCCAUGCUGACCACCGUCGACCUGACCACCACGACGGAGAAAAGCGAGAUCCAUGUCUUCUUCCAGAAGUGCAUCUCCCGACUGAAGGGAACCGAUCGGCAGCUGCCUCAGGUUCUUCACAUGGUCGACCUUUUAAAACGUGGAAUUGGAGUGCACCACAGUGGCAUCCUGCCCAUCCUCAAGGAGGUAGUGGAGAUGCUUUUCAGCAAAGGCCUUGUCAAG